UAUAACUGGGAGGACCCUCAUAGGGCAACCGGAAACUUGCCGGCCACAGUUGAGUCCCCAGGGCAUGGGCUUUAUCCCUCUUUGAUUCUUAACGUCACAUGAUGUCUUUGGGGGUUUUGUGCCGUGAUGUGGCUCUUUCUCAGAGUUAGCCAAGUUCUUUUGCUUUCAGCCCAUUCAGUCUUACUUUGAGGUACUGAACUGUGAGGGGCAGUGUUUUGGCCAGCUUCACAUGGGGUCCUGGCUUUGGCCAGUGACAUUGAGGGGGUGAGAGCCGCGGCAGGCAGCAGCUGGAGCCUCCAGGGCGUUCACUAUCCAACGACAAUGUUCCGGCUCAUGAUCAAACAAGCUAAGAGCCACCCGAGUUUGAUUCCUCUAUUCUUCUUCAUUGGACUCGGAGCUACAGGUGCUGGGCUUUACCUGUCACGUUUGGCAAUGUUCAGUCCUGAUGUUUGCUGGGACAAAAAGAAUAACCCUGAGCCAUGGAAUAAACUGGGCUAUAAUAAGCAAUACAAGGUAACUUCGUUGAGGAAGAAUUUGCUGAAAAUAUUUACUUACAGUUGCACUGUUGGAAGUAAAUUUACUUCUGAUCAUGCAUUGAAGAGGAAUAAAUAUUUAUUGCAGUGAACACUGAUUAUAAACAGCUGAAAAAGAAUGGCCCUGACUUCUGAGAGAUUGCCAAAAUAUCUAAUUACUUCUGCUAAAAUGCCAAAAUCUUGCAAAACUGGAUGCACAACAUAUUCUAUUUUAAGUGAUUGUAUUUAUUGAUGAUGUUUUCUUUUAAUAUUACCAAAAAAUGUGUAAAGCUUGAUAACGUGCUUUAUACUAGCCUUGAUUUUUUAAAACACUGGAAAAAUUCAGUUUCGAUCAAAUAUGCUGCUUAUUGCAUUUCUGUCAUGUUGAUCAUGUCAAUCAUGUCAAUAAAUGUUCCAUGCUUUCAGAAUGCAAAUUUUAAUUCUACGAUGGUAUUUUGAAAAUGAGGCAUAUUUAGCUAAUUUAAGUUACAAUAUAGAGACUAAACUUUGAAAUUAAUGGACUUGAAACAAUAAAGAAUUUUAGGUGCAUAUAAUUAACAAAAAGGGUUUAUGGUACUCAAACUCUAAGAUUUAAAUUGUAUCUGUGCAAUACUCAAUCAAUGGAAUUAUCCAUGAAGUUUAAACAUACUGAAAUGUAAUUGAGGCAAUAAAAUAAAUAAAGUAUGCAUUAUCAUGAA